UAUGAUCAAAACAUACGUGUUAGUGUUGUUGCUAAAAACGUCUUUACAAUGUACAGUGCCUACCUUCGAAAAGAACCGAAUAUACGUAAAUGGUCACCAUGGUGUCGAUACUCAAAUAAUAAGUGGUUGCAUUUCACCUGACACCAUUCGAUUUAAAGGCAUUACCGAAAUAACUGUAGACAAACAAAAUAUUCCAGAUUUAAAUUACGGUGCAGUUCAAGGAAUUUCAACAAAAUUUCGUAUCUCAUUUGUCAACACUAGCAUCGAAAUUAUAAGAGAGGGGGCUUUUUUGAAUCUUCCCAAACUUGAGCGAAUAUAUUUCAGGGACAACGAUCUCUUCUGGAUCGGUGAAAAUGCAUUUCAAGAUUUGCCGUCGUUAACUGCAGUGAUCAUGAACUUUAAUAAGAUCACAGAACUGUCGCCACGUGCUUUCAGUAAUCUCCCACACUUAACUGAAGUGUCUUUUCACAAAAAUAACUUGGAAAAUUUUGAUCAGUCCUGGUUUUAUAAAACGCCACUUCUUCGAUUCUUAACAGUGUCGCACAAUCGCUUACGUAAAAUUACACGAGGCGCCUUUAUCACCCUGCCAGCUAUUGAGAAGAUAUAUUUUGGUAACAAUGAAAUAGAGUUCGUCGACAAAGAUGCCUUUAAAGGAUUAAGACAUUUGGAAAGUUUGAAUUUGGGUCAGAACAAAUUGAAAAAAUUUGACUUUAAUUUCUACACCCCUUCAAAGUUGAGAGAUGUUUAUUUUCAAUAUAAUAACAUAACGUACAUAUCUGAUGAAAUGCUGGACGUAUUAGGACCCACAUUAUUAUCACUUUACAUAAGCGGUAAUCCUUUGCAAUGCGCAUGCCUGGAUAAAAUAAUACAAUGGAGUGACGCCCUUGAAAUAAGUGUUCCGCAGUUGAAAUCGCCACAGUCCGGCGCCGGCGCCGUUUGUACACUGCCAAAGACAAAACCAAGCCAGUGUCUUGAAAGAAGAGAUUAUGAUUUCCAAGAGGGAUUCUCGGUUGGUUUUACACCGCUUAAACCUAUACCAUCCUAUAUUUUUACUGAUCACCAUCACUAACCCCCAUAGCAUUGUUAUUUGUGAGAUUGAAAAUGUGCAUUUAUACAAUAUGUAUUAUAUAAUAAAAGUUAC